GAGGAGUUGGUCCGAGGUGGGGCUUUGAGAGCAGCAUUUAGCUCACUUCUCCUCUGUGUGAAGCCUCAUUCUUGCCUGACGCAGCUGCAGACACAAGAUAUGACUGAAAUGCCACUUUAGGAGGCUCUUAUUUAUGCACUUGAAGGGCCAGAAACCUGAACAGGCAGACGUGAAAUUGUCUUUGUGUUGGAUGGCAGCUGGCUGUUUUCUUCCAGCAAGUGGGAGAUUUUCAGGAGGAGGAAGUGAAGACAUAGGUCUUAGGAAAGGCAAUGAAUGUUCUGUCUAACUCAGCCAUCAGGGCCCAGGAUCCGCCUCUCUGUGGCCCCGGGUCUGUUCAGGAAUUACCUCUCUGCCCUCCAGGCUUCAACCUGAGCUCCCGCAUGAACCCUGCACCCAUGCUCAGCCUCCAGAGUGGCCAAAGAUCAACCAAACCCCAGAGGGAGCUGAGCCCCGAGGAGCAGCAGGAGCUCCGGAGGAAGAUCAACAGCAGGGAGAGGAAGCGGAUGCAGGACUUGAACAUUGCCAUGGAUGCUCUGAGGGAGGUGAUGGUCCCCUACGCCUCCUCUCCUUCCUCGUCUGCUUCCUCGCAGUCCCACCAACCCGGAGCGCCCCCAGGUCGCAGACUUUCCAAGAUCUCUACCCUGGUUCUGGCCCGCAACUACAUCCUCCUCCUGGGUUCAUCUCUGCAGGAGAUGCGACGGCUGCUAGGGGAGGUGAGCGUGGGGAUGGGAGUCAACACAGGCCCAGUCCCCCGGCUGCUGCUGGCUGGAGGGUGGCCCCUCAUCUCUGGACCUGGUCAGCUCCUGCUCACUCAGGAGUCACUGCUCUCCUCAACACCCCCCUCGUCUUCAUCCUCGUCUUCCCCUUCGUCAUCCACCGCAGCUAAAUGCACCCUGCUGUCUCCGGGUCACAUGGAGGUAUCAAUGGCCCCAAUGCAGUGGAGCUCUCCAGGGGCCCCAGGUGGGCUCCUCUGCUCUUGUGGGGUCUGCAGACUGCCAAGAUACAACCACUCGACUUCAGCUCCCCGGUUCCCAAAGUGACUCCUCCAGGAGGGUUCCUGUGGGAUAUGGACUUGAUACAUGUAUGCAAACUUUUGAUAGGAAUUUUUAUUUUUCUAACAUUUUUUAAUUGCUUAUUAUAUUUUACUACUGUACUCACACAUUUGAAGCACUGAUUGACUCUUCUUUCUAUAUUUUUUAAAUCCAUUAACGUGUUUUGAUUUCAAGUUGGGAUGAAUUUCUGUUUGAUUUUUUUUGUUUUUAUGUUAAGAUUUGAUUAACUCCUAUGUUUUUUUACUUUUUUUUUUGUCUUUUUAAUAAUAAAUGUUGACUAACACGUUUGUAGAUGAAUGUUUAUUAUGACCAAAUGUGAGUUGUAAUGACUAAAAAUAGAGCCAAAAGAAAGAAUGUGUCCAGAACUCCUCUGAAAUAAAGACUAUUUAAAGCUAAA